AUGAAGCUGACAAAGGAGAAGCAGGAGAGCUCUGAGGCCUGCAGAGGCAGGAAGGGGAAAAUGACACUUCUGCUCGCAGGUGUAACGCUGGUGUCUGCCUUUGGAUCGUCUUUCCAGUACGGUUACAAUGUCUCCGUGAUCUCCUCUCCAGCUGUGUUCAUGAAAGAGUUUUACAAUCAAACCUACUUUGACAGGAAGGGCAUCCUGAUGGAGAGCAGCUUCCAAAAACUGCUCUGGUCUCUCACGGUGUCUAUGUUCCCACUCGGAGGUUUCUUUGGGUCCCUUAUGGUGGGCCCUCUGGUGAACAAAUGUGGCAGAAAGGGCACUUUGCUGAUAAAUAACAUCUUCUCCAUUGUCCCCGCCAUCCUCAUGGGAACUUCCAAGGUGGCAAAGACCUUUGAGGUGAUCAUCCUCUCGCGAAUCUUCGUGGGAAUAUGCGCUGGCCUGUCCUCCAAUGUCGUUCCCAUGUACCUGGGAGAGUUGUCCCCCAAAAACCUGAGAGGUGCAGUUGGGGUGGUGCCCCAGCUCUUCAUCACCAUUGGCAUCCUUAUAGCUCAGAUCCUGGGUCUUACUAACAUCCUUGGAAACCUUGAAGGCUGGCCAGUGUUACUAGGGCUAACUGGGAUCCCUGCAGUGGUGGAACUCCUCCUGUUGCCCUUCUUUCCUGAGAGUCCCAGGUACCUACUGAUACAGAAGGGCAAUGAAGAACAAGCCAGGCAAGCUCUGAAGAGGCUGAGAGGCUGGGACAAUGUGGAUGACGAGAUCGAAGAGAUGCGUCGGGAAGACCAGUCAGAAAAGUUGGAAGGUCGUCUGUCUGUGUUCAACCUCUGCACCUUCCAGGCCCUGCGGUGGCAGCUCAUCUCCAUCAUUGUCAUGAUGAUGGGCCAGCAGCUUUCUGGAGUUAACGCGAUCUUCUACUAUACAGCUGAAAUCUUCAAGACUGCACGUGUGAAUGAAAACAACGUGCAGUAUGUCACAGUGGGGAUAGGUGCAGUCAAUGUGUUCAUGACUUGCGUAGCGGUUUUCAUCAUUGAGUCCCUGGGGAGGAGACUUCUGCUUCUCGCUGGCUUUGGGAUCUGCUGUGUAUCCUGUGCUGUGUUAACGAUGGCCCUCAACCUCCAGGCCACUGUCCCCUGGAUGCAGUACCUCAGCAUAGCCUGCGUCAUCGCCUAUAUCAUUGGACACGCUAUCGGAGCUAGUCCAAUCCCCUUUGUGAUGAUAACUGAAAUGUUCCUUCAGUCGUCUCGGCCUGCGGCCUUCAUGGUGGGUGGAGCUGUGCAUUGGCUCAGCAACUUCACGGUGGGGCUCGUCUUCCUUUAUAUGGUGGGAGGGCUUAGAGCCUAUUGCUUCCUCGUCUUCUGUGCCAUCUGCCUGGUCACCUUCAUUUACAUCUUCAUCAUUGUCCCCGAAACCAAAGGCAAAACCUUCAUGGAGAUCAAUCAGAGCAUGGCCAAGAGGAACAAGGUAGAAAUCCAGAUGGACAAAGAAAAGCUGAAUGAUUUCCAGCCUGCCUCGGAGACACCGAAGAAGAAGGAAGAAGCACACUCAGCCAGUGUGCUCUGA